CCCGCGCUGUCGUCACUAAAUCGCGCAGGAGGCUGCUCAUGCUUACAGGAGGAACGUGAGCCACUUGGUUUAUAAACUAUAUCUAGAUACGUUUGCCAUAUAAGAGCGGCAAAUAUGAGAGAAACACCUUUAUCAAACUGCGAGAGAGACUUCCUGCUUAAAGGUAUUCAGGAAAAGAAGCGUUUGGAUGGAAGACAAACCUACGACUACCGCAAUAUAAAAAUCUCAUUUGGUACAGAUUAUGGCUGCUGUACGGUCACCCUGGGGAAAACGAGGGUGUUGGCUCAGGUGUCGUGCGAGUUGGUUCCUCCGAAAGAUUCCCGUCCCACUGAAGGCAUCAUGUUUUUUAACCUGGAGCUUUCUCCCAUGGCAUCGCCUGGCUUUCAGUCCAACAGACAGUCCGAGUUGUUAGUGACGCUGAACAGGCAGCUGGAGAGAUGUCUGAGGAACUCCAGAUGCAUCGACACGGAGUCGUUGUGUGUGAUCUCAGGAGAAAAGGUCUGGCAGAUCCGUGUGGACGUUCACGUUCUGAAUCAUGACGGGAAUCUGAUGGACGCAGCGAGCGUCGCAGCCAUUUCGGCGCUCUGUCACUUCAAAAGGCCAGAGGUCGCCAUCCAGGGCCGAGACGUCACUGUGUUCAGUCCAGAGGAAAGGGAUCCGGUUCCGCUGAGUGUUUACCACAUGCCGAUUUGUGUCAGCUUCGCCUUCUUCCAGCAGGGCUCGUAUCUGCUGGUGGAUCCGUGUGAGAAAGAGGAGCUGGUCAUGGAUGGACUCUUGGUCUUAGCCAUGAACAAACACAGAGAGAUCUGCUCCAUCCAGUCCAGCGGAGGCAUCAUGUUACUCAAAGACCAGGUUCUGAGGUGCAGCAAAAUAGCCAGUGUGAAAGUGUCAGAAAUCACAGAGCUCAUCACUAAAGCCUUGGAAAAUGACAGACGAGCCAGGAAAGAAGGCGGCAAGUUCGGCUUCGCGGAGUCCAUAGCCAAGGAGCGCAUCACAGUCCUGACGAGAGAGGAAGCUCCACUGGACACCACAGAUAUCCAGGCGACGGCUGACGGCAUCAUCAGCAAAGCGGACGCUCCUCCUGAAGUUGUGCCCUCUCCUGUCAUUGUUGCCACGGGAACCGGACAGGUAGGGGAGGGGCUAGAGAACACAUGGGGUUUGGAAGAAGACGAUGAGGAAGAGGAGAUGGCGGACGUAACCGAGCGGAAGACGAAGGAAGAUGAAGUGAUGGUUCUCUCAGACAGCGAGGAGGAAGAAGUUGUGAUUUUGAAUCAGGAUGGCCGAAGUAAACGCUCGCAACGCUGAAGAGGAAACCUGACUGAAAGUAGGAAGAGCUUUCCACUCAAAAUAACAAGAAGAACAUGUCCUGAAAGCUGCUUUUCUGCUCACUGCCUUUAGUUUGAUCAAAUUGAUCGUUUCUGGGACAUAAAAAGACGGCACAGAAGAUAAAUGUCUUCUCUUUUCUUACCAUAUAUAUUAAAUAAAUAUAAAAUGUUAAACAAA